AUGGAUGAAAACACGAAUGUCCUUCUCGGUCUUGCAGGAUGUGCUAUCCAGGCUUCGUCAGAGGAUAUGUCUAACCCGUAUACAGUCAUGGAUACAGUAGAGCCUGCAGGUCAGUUGAGACUGCUGGCCCUAUCGAAGUUGAGAUUGAAGCCAAAGGACAUUAAAGUCCUCCCAAAGGAUGACACGACUGUAUACAAAGCCGUCAGAAGUUGCAUACCACCUAGGUACUUCUGGCUUUCUAAGCUCCACUCCCGGGUCAUGCUUUGGGAGUUCUGA